CAAUUUAAAUCAAAUUGGAAUCAUUUUUUUUUUCUCACCCUCAUAAUUCUUGCUUUUGAGGAUAUUAAAGCAUCGUACUUGGUUUUCCUUCUUUUGCCACAAUAAAUGCAGCCUUGGGGACCCACCUUUUUUGCUUAUAUUUUUGUUCCCGAUGUCCAAACCUCAUCUCUAAAAUAAAUUUGUUCUUUCUGGAUGCCAUCUUUCUUUUGCCGCCUCCUCCAUUGAAGUCCCUUCUUCUUCUAUUCUUUUUUGUCUUUGGCAACUCCCCUUAAUUUGUUCUUCUUGAACUUUUUUAUGUACAAAUGAAAGUACUUUUACUACUACCAAUAUCUGCAAGCAAUUCACUUUAGUUUCUUAUAAGACCAAAAGUGCAAAACAGAAUGUUUCAGAUGAACAAACUUCGGCACCGUUUCCGACACAUCAAAAGUUUAGUCUUUGGCUAUGUGGUUUUAUUACCCACUUCACUUGUUGCUCUUUCUCUUCUUGUUCUUUUAGCUUGCAAUGGCUUCUCUAUCUUCUAUAUUAGCCUCCCUGUUCCCGCCAAGGCUUCACCGGAGCCCGCCAAUUUGUUGCCUGAUAAUCUGCCCGGGGACAAAACGGUGGCAAAGUUGGCAUCCUCGGUGAUGUAUGCAGUGAAAGAAGAGAAUCCACCCGUUAUUUUAAAGACCCAUUUGCCUCUUGUGCAAAAACCAAACUUGUCAAUGGUUCCUGUUGACAAGCCUUUGGCUCUUAGGCCAAAACAGGCUCGUUUAAAACGUAACAUUUUGAGGACUCUGCGUUCAGGGACAAAAGCAAAGUGGUUCUCCUCCAAAGUUACGGAUUUUUUUCAGAAUUCCAAGUGUAAGUCUCGGUUUUUCAUGACUUGGAUCUCUUCAGCAGAGUCAUUAGGUGAUAGAGAAUUGCUUGCAAUUGAGAGUGUGUUCAAGUCACACUCAAAAGCAUGUCUAGUUAUAGUGUCAAAUUCCCUAGAUUCUAAAAUGGGAAGUGUUGUUUUAAAGCCAUUUUUGGAUAAGGGGUUUCAGUUGAUUGCUGUUGAUCCUGAUUUUGAUUAUAUAUUCAAGAAUACUCAUGCAGAAUUGUGGUUUAAUCGGUUAAAGAAAGGAAAUGUUGAUCCUGGUGAGGUUUCUUUGGGUCAAAAUCUUUCAAAUUUGCUUAGACUUGCUUUGUUAUACAAGUAUGGUGGUAUUUAUAUAGAUACAGAUAUUAUAGUUUUAAAGAGCUUCAAUAAUUUAAGAAAUGUAAUUGGUGCUCAAUCCAUCAAUCUUGAAACCAAGAAUUGGAGCAGAUUGAAUAAUGCUGUGCUGAUUUUUGAUAAGCAACAUCCAUUGCUAUACAAGUUCAUUCAAGAAUUUUCUCUCACUUUUGAUGGAAAUAAAUGGGGUCACAAUGGUCCUUACUUGGUUUCAAGAGUUGUUGCAAGAGUUACCGGUAGGCCUGGAUUUAACUUCACUGUGUUGCCUCCAUCGGCAUUUUAUCCUGUUGAUUGGAGCCGAAUCCGAAGCCUAUUUCGAGGGCCUAGAAAUGAGAUUCAUUCAAAAUGGUUGCAUAAUAAGCACCAUCAGAUCCGCAGGCAAAGCUAUGCAGUUCACCUGUGGAACAGACAGAGUGGGAAACAUAGAGUUCAAGAAGGGAGCAUUAUUCAUCAUAUCAUGUCAGAUAUCUGCAUCUUCUGCAAUUCUUCGCGAUCAAGUUUGUAACUAUAGAAUAAGGAUCAAAUGCCUAUAUGCAGUUAUAUGUAUAUAGGCUAACUCUUGUUCAUUCCAC